AGUCUGCUCUAAACAAUCAAUUGACAUAAAACAAAAAAAAAGGAAGAAACAAAUAAAAUGAUACAAAAAUUUCUUAUUUUGAUGAUCGUUGGAUAUUCCUCGAUUUUAAUGGUGAAAAGUGAACUUCACGUUGAUUGCAAUUUCAGGAAUCAAGAAAUUUGGAAUUACAAUGUAUACACUUGCGAAGCAAGCAUAUCAAAGUUUGGCAGUGGAAAUCAAGUUACUCGAGUCACAGGAAAUCAUUUGUCUGGAAAAAAUGACGAUGAUGUCCAAGCAAUUUCAAUAUUGGAUCAAAACUUGGAAGAA